ACCUAAAGUCAGGUAUUUACUGACGAACGCGCACUUAGAUGCCCUCAAAACGCUUAAACGGAACGAAAAUGUGCUGCUCUCCAGGCCGGAUAAAGGAGCAGGGAUUGUCCUUAUGGAUAAAUCUGACUAUAUCGCUAAGAUGAAUGCCAUCCUCAACGAUCAUUCAAAAUUCCGGAUGAUGGAGACAGAGAAAGACAAAACGGCCUCGAUAGAAAAGACAGUCACAAAGCUACUACGCUGCCUGAAGCAAGAGAAUGCGAUUGACUCAGUGGUUUUCGAGUACACGCGUCCCUCCGGGACAGUGAUUCCACGUCUUUAUGGCUUACCGAAAGUGCAUAAAGAAGGACUUCCAUUGAGGCCAAUAUUAGACAUGUGUGAUUCUCCAUAUCACUCAACAGCGAAAUGGCUCGCUAAGCUUCUAGAACCGAUCAGAAAAGUCCUAUCCAAACACAGCCUCAGAGAUACAUUCAGCUUCGUAGACUCCAUAAGCCAUAUGCAGUUAACCGGAAGGAAAAUGUUUUCUCUAGAUGUAGUGUCGCUUUUCACUAAUGUUCCGUUGGAGGAGACAAUAGACUACCUUUGCGACGCUGUUCGAUUGCACCAUGUGGAUGUCGGCCUCUCGAACGAGCGACUUAAACAGUUGCUUCUGAUGUGUACCAGGAACGUACAAUUCCUGUUCGACGGGAAGAUCUACAGACAGAAGGACGGAGUCGCAAUGGGCUCUCCGUUAGGACCAUUGCUAGCAGACGUAUUUAUGAGUAAAUUAGAGAACAACUAUCUAAACGGAGUUAUCGACAAAUUAGUCUACUACGGACGGUAUGUGGACGAUAUAUUCUGCAUCUCAGAUAGUCAUUUAUGCACGGAUGAAUUAGUGAGGCAAUUUAACUCAGCCCACGCAAACAUAAAAUUCACCCUUGAAUCUGAGUGCAACAACUCAAUGUCGUACUUAGAUGUUCAGAUUAGCCGAAGAUCUGACGGGUCGGUCCAGCGCAGUGUCCAUAGAAAGACAACGUGGAAUGGGCAAUAUACUCACUUUGCCAGCUUCGUCCCGCUCAGCCAGAAACGGAAACUUGUUCGGUGCCUAACCGAGCGAGCAAGAAGGAUAUGUAGCGAGGACAUGCUUUCGGACGAGCUAAACUUUGUACGAAGCCUAUUCGAUAGAAAUGGCUAUCCUGAGAGGUUCGUUCGGAGAAACAUGGAGGUACGAGAAGCGAAGGCAAAAGUGGAUUCAGUAGGAAAGAAACCGAUCUACUUAUCGUUACCGUUCAAGGGGGACGGGAUAGCUGAAUCAACGUCUAGAAGGCUUUCUGCCGCAAUCGCCCAAACGUACUAUACAGCAAGCCUACGGCUAAGCUUCUACUCAGUGCCGACCCUGAAUCCACAACUUAAGGACAGAAUUCCAAGGUCUAGUACUUCAUUCUGUGUAUACUCUUUCUCUUGCUCGUGUCGAGCAAGAUAUAUCGGAAGAACUACCAGGAGACUGUCCGAGAGAGCCAGGGAACACUGUCCAGCUUGGCUGUAUAGCGGCGUGACUAGAUCAGUGGCAAGCGCAGUGUCUACACACCUGAUCGACUCGAGCCAUCAAGUCAGAGCGCAUGAGGCGUUCCAGCCCAUCUAUCGCGUACCCAGAUGUCACACAAGAGCGGUUAGAUGUCGUCUACUGGCAGCGGCCGAGGCGAUAGCCAUCAGGCUUCAUGACCCUGACCUAUGUGCACACAAGAAAUUUGUCCAGGCACUAACUCUACCCUGGUCCCCUGUAACACGGACACAGUGUGGACAACGCCACACACACACAAACAAACUGUUGAUCGCCGUGUGGCCAAUCGCCUAGCUUGGUCACUCAGACCAUCUGGGUUUUGAACCUGUACUCUUAACUGAUGUUUACGUUCAUGUCAUUCAUUUGUGGUGUAUUAGCCUGAUGAGGAACCACUGAAAACGAGCUUGUUCGC